CUGUCUACGGGUCUGAGUCAUAAUUCUAUACCGAGCCGUAGAAAGAGCCCUCCGCGCUCCCCAUUUGUCCGGCCCAGAAGUUAAUGCCGCGGCACAUAGAUGUGCAAUGACUCAAUAACUCAUGUCCAGAAAGGCCUGUAGGUAGUUUUAAAACCUUUUAUCAUUUCAUCCGACCAUAGGAGAAAACAAGGAGAAAAUCAAAAUAAAACCACGUGACGUGUCACUGUCAGUUAUGUCUGUGUCUGUCACUGUCACUGUUACGUCAAUUCGAUUCGAUCGCCGAUCCGCUCGAUGUUGUGCGCAGCGCACGCAGUGUUCUCUGUUGAUUGAGUACUUACCUACCUUUUAAACUUUAAUUUAAUUAAAAUACUGUUAAAAAUGGAAGAAAAUGUAGCUUUAGAUUCAACUAAACAAAAGAAGUUUGUGAAGUCCAUCAAAGGCAUAAAGAAGCUGAUAAAAAAGAAAGACGCGGAUCCAAAAGCCAAGGAGUCUCAAGGAGAGAAGGUUAAAAAAGGUAGAGUUGGCAAGAAGAAGCGCCCAGAGAGAGGGCUUGUUUAUUUGGCACAUAUACCACAUGGAUUUUAUGAGCAUGAAAUGACACAGUAUUUCAAGCAAUUUGGGGUAGUAACAAAUGCUCGUGUGAUCAAGUCAAAGCGCACCGGUAGAUCAAAGGGCUAUGCUUUUGUGCAAUUUAAAGAGCCUGCAGUCGCUCAGAUUGUUGCCGACACCAUGAACAACUAUCUUAUGGGCAAAAGAUUAAUUAAAGCGUCUUACAUUGAACCAGAGAAGCAAAAGCAACGUGCUUUUAGAAGACACUGGAAUUCGGUCAAUAAUCCAGGAAAUAAUUUACGUAUUAAAAUGAAGAAGAAGUACAAUGAGAACAAAGAUGAGGAAGGAGAAUUGAAGAGAGCAAAGAAACUGCUAACAAACAUCAACAAGACAAAGAAGAAACUAAGAGAAUUGGGAAUCAAUUAUGAUUUCUUCACACCAGUCGAUAUGCCAGAAGUUUUAGCUAAUAAAAAGCGGGUAAAGGAUGAAGAAAGCAAAGAGAAUGUUAUUGUUAAUGAUAAAAAGUCUAAAAAGGAUAAAAAAGCGGAGGCACCUGUAGUUGACAACAAAAAACCUGUAUCUAAGGAGAGUAAGGGUAAAGUAAAUAAAAUUGAAAAUAAAGCUGUUCAGGAAACAGCCAAAAAUAAGGCACAAGUCACAAAGGAGCAUUUGAAGACUAAGAAGAGCAAGAAAUUGAAUCAAAAUGAAUCAGACAAAAACACACAGAAACAAAAGAAGCAGAAUUUAAAGGACAAAGGUGUUACACCUCUAGAAGAUUUCAUAAAAGUAAACGAUGAUUCAGGUGAUGAAAGUGAUAGUUCAUUAGACUUUGAUUCAGAUGAAUAUGAGAAAAUGAUGGAGCAGGAAGAUGAUGAAGAAUCUGAAGCGUCCGGAGAUGAAAGUGAUGAAGAUGGAGCUGAUAGUGAAGAAGAUGAUGAAGAUGAUGAAGAUGAAUCAGAUGAUGCAAGUGAUGAAAGUGAAGUAGAGAUUCAGAAGAAGAAGAAAUUAGUUUCACAACAACAAAUAAAGAAAGGUGGUAAACAAAAGCCACAGCAAAAGGCAGUACAGCAGAAACCAGUACAGCAAAAGAUACUGCAACAAAAGCCUUCUCAGCAGAAGAUGCCACAGUCAAAAGCACCACAACCCCAACAGACGAAAAGGAAAGCACCACAAAAUGCCCAAUCGUCACCUAAGAUGCCCAAGUUCGAAAAACAAAGUAAUCAGAAGCCAAGAAACAAACAAUUUAAGAAGAAAAAAUAAAUUGUUUAAUUCUUA